AUCAUAUUUAGCUGAUAGGCAUGUUACCUAUCAGGAAAACUGGUGACAACACAUAUGAAACAACCACAUGGCAAAUCAAAUUUAAACUCGAAAUUGUGUAUCAAAGUGGAGUCUACAAGUUGCGUUUAGCACUCGCCUCUGCAAUGAGUUCUGACUUAGAGGUUCGAAUCAAUGAUGGACAUGCAAAUCCUCCACAAUUUUCAAGUGGAUUGAUAGGGAAAGACAAUGCAAUUGCAAGGCACGGCAUUCAUGGGCUCUAUUAUUUGUUCAACGUGGACAUACCUUGUGAUCAACUAAGGCAAGGUGAUAAUACAAUAUUUUUGACACAAGCAAUGAACACUAGCCCUUUCCAUGGUAUCAUGUAUGACUAUAUUAGGUUAGAAGGUCCUCCUCUUCCUCCAUCUAGUACUACUACUACUACUACUACUUCCUCAAACAACCAAAACCACCUUUAGUUUUAUUUUCUUAAUUUUCAUGUAAUUAAGUAAACCACAUGGUGGGCACAUAUAUUGGAUGUUCUUUUUCUUAAUUUCAAUUUGUGGAUAUUGUGUUAUAUCAAUAAACAUAACUAAAAUAAGAAAUUGCCAAGAAAAAAAAAAGAAAAGGAAAAAAGACUUGGCAUUAUGCUCAAA